AAUAGUAUUCUGAGGUAAACUCAUGAGAAAGUGUGUUUCAGUUCUAAAGUCACAUUCAGAUUCAAUUUAAAAAUGGGUGUAGAGGUCUGCCGUUGGAUCUGACACAGACUAAAUGCAUUCAGUCAUUCAGUUGUGACUAUUGUCAUUUGUGAAUGACUAAAGAGAAAUCAACUUUACUUUAUGAGGUCAGUAAACAUUAAGUUGUACAUCUAUAAAGGCAAUUCCUUUAAGCCACAUGUUGUGCUAUAACUGAACAUGAAAGUGAAAGUGAGUAGCUGUUAUCAUAUAAAAGAGACUUUCCUUUUGAGUUGAGAGGCACUUGGGUGAGACAUACAGUAACUGAAGCCAUAGGAAACGACCAAUAGAAUUCACCCCCACCUUGCUCCCUACAUUCUUCAAUGGUUCUGCUUCAGGAAUGGAGGAACGCUCCUUGGGGCAGGUGGUUUGUCCCAAUCUGUCCCAAUUGGCUCCUUGCAGUAUUUAUGAGUCCUCAGCGCUCGGCCACACCCUUUGCUGAACCAGGAAGUAACCUCCCCCAACAGCCACGCCAUGGGAAACUCGACCCCCCCAACUCCCCCCCACCUUCUCCAAAAGUUCUGCCUCAAGAAUGGAGGAAGGGUCCUUGGGGAAAAAAAGCAGGAGACUUGCAGAUUGUGAAGGAAUACCAGCCUUUUAAAGAUAAUGUCCAGCUCAGAUUUAUGGUUUAUGGAUCUGUUGGUGCUGGCAAGUCCAGCUUCAUCAACUCUGUGGAAAGUGCUUUACGAGGCGAAAUAACUGAUCGAGCUAAAACAGAUGCGAUCGGUGGCAAGAGCUACACCACAAAAGUAAGAAUCCCUUUUUAGUGUUAUCAUGAAUGUCUUACAUUGUAACACUUGAAAUGUAACAACUCUUUUAUCUAUUAUAUUAUUUUACUUUACUUUUAAGCAGGAGACAAACUGCUAUGGUGGCCCUGAAAGUCAAAACAUAAAAACCUUUCACAAGACACAACAACAAUUAAAAAACAUGAAGUAUUUCUUUCUCUGGCUCAGUGGUUAGAGCUGGUGCCCCAUGCUCUGAGGCUUGUGGUCUGUUAACACGUGUCAUCACUCUAUCCCCCCCUAUCAUAACUUUCAUUCUCAAAUAAAAUCCUGUCUGGCCCAACAGAAAUAUUUUUUAAAAGUUGUUUCACAUUGUUUUGUUU